AUUUUGGUUGAAAGUAAAAUUAAAACUGAAAGGAACAAGGAAAAUUUUGAAAGGACAGCUUCCGAUCAAAAUGGUUCUCGUCGGCGCGCAGCGCGGCGAUUUUUCAUCGGUGGGCCAUGGAGGUCUUGAUCGUGAAUUUCAAAGGGAAACUCAUGAGCUUGAAAGGAACUUGAAGAUCAGGCAGGAGUAUGAGGUCGUUGACGGGUGACGUUCUUCAUCAGGUCUCGGAUCAUUUUCGUCGCAUCAUGGUAUUUGAUCGUUCGCAGGAUAUUGUGGUCCACGCCGAGCCUGCGAAGCUCGGCGACCUGCGCGUCAGUAGCUGGAGUGGUCUUGAUGAGGGUCGUGAUCAUUUCGGACGCCGCGGCCUCGCUCAGACCGUCGGGGAUGGGCCUGUUGAUGUUCGCUCUGCGCUGCAGGACUUUGAUGUAGUCGAGUUGGUUAGGCGUCGCAGGAGCGUCUGUUUUUAUUUUGGACAGGAGAGCCUUCGCGACCUCCUUCGUCGUUAUGCGGCUGAAGUCCUUGCAGCCCUUGUGCUUCAGAGCGGCCAGCAUUUUUUUAGGCGGCCUGUCCCUCCAGAUGUCGAAGAGGCCGUCGAGAUCUGCUUUGCACGUGCAGGCGUCGAUGUCGGCGGACGGGCAACCCAGGUCGUCGAGGAAGUUCCGCGCCGUCUCGGAAACGACGAAAGGUGGAGCAAUUUCCUCAAUCUCCGGAGUCAACAGAGGCGAGGGCUCCGCGGUGACGUCGUCGAUCAUGGCAUCCCAGUUGAGGGCCAGCGGCUGCCUGGGAGCAGGCAGGGCAGGGACGUCAGCGACGGCACGCGAGUCAUCGGCGGUUGCGUUCCGAGCGGCAGGAGCGGUGGUACGACGGGGAGCCCUUAUGGCGAUGCUGUAAUGAUUGCCUUUCGGCUUGGUUCGUAACCCUGAAGAAUAGGGGCGGAGGUGAGAAACCUAGCGGACCUUUCGGCAUGGACCUUUCGGCAUCGUGCCCGCAAAGGUCGCUAUAUGGCGACCGUCGAACCCGGGUGUUCUGGUUUGGGGGCAAGGACGUCAGCCGAACAGUGUCGUCCGGCGACCUUUCGAGCUUAUUUCGCCGAUCCGGUUCGACGGAGGUCACUGUUUCACGACGCGCGCAACCAAGUGAUCACUAAGUAAACAUGCCAGGCAACCGGGCACGCAACCCGCUCGUUGACGAUGCAGCCGAAGAUGAUGAAGAUGAAGUGGAAGAAAGCGAAGAGGUGCGUCGGCCCGCGCGUGUUCCCCGACCCCGAUGGCUAAUUUUCCCACCUCAACAGGAGGAACUCGAUCUCAAUGAUCUCGAAGCCGGCGGGGAGUAUGUUGAAAACCUCAUGGAAGAGAUGGACCGUGAAGGGCAUCAGGCCCUGCUCCACGCCAUCCAGCCGGUGCACAUCACCGUCUUUUCAAACUCCAAGCCCAGGCGCGGAACGAUGAGCGACGAUCGCUGGAAUAUUCGCAAGAUCGUCG